AUGGCAUCUAGGAUCAGUAGUGAAUUCAAUCAGGAUGUUUAUCUGGAAAUAGUGAUGGCUUUGUGGUCAUGGGAUCUGUCUCAGUCCUGCAAUGAACGGCAGCCUCAUGCCUGUAUCCAUCAGCGCUGCAUCGGCGGUCGCAUUCCUCAGCUUCAGCGAUAUUUUGCGUACUACAAAGCAAUUGUCUCGACCUACAUGGAUGCAACCCCUACGAAUGAAAGACGCAUAGAAACACACGAGGAUCUGUUUCAGGUCGUUUCCAUCUUGAAGUCCAAUCCGGAUGCCACUCUAUCAGAGCUGUGCCGAUUGACUCGCGGGAAUACAAACUCACAGCAGACUGAUGGAACAAGUCAAGUCGAUACAGUGUCACUUGGUCUGAAGGCACUUCUGAUGAUUGACCCUUCAGCACUGCAUCAUUCUUCCGACAGACUCGAGAAAGGAACCUAUCGAAUUCACUGGAGAGAGGACGUACCUCUCAGCAAAUACAUCCAAGACUCGUUUCCACUUGGUAAUCACAACAUACUUAGCUACAACAACAGCGAGCUAUUUGCGGAUAUAAAGAAGGAACUCAGAGCCGUCAACAUGAAGAAAAGACUGGGAAUCACUAUCAGGGCGACAUCAGAUAUUCGCAACCACCUACAUUUUGACAGAAAGAACAACUACCUCGAGGUUUACCACUACACCUCCUUUCUGAAGGAACAGUUGAGAGUGACUCGGGAUGUCGGAGAUUGUUCCAGUCCGUCUUCUUCACUCAAGAGAGGAGUAUUACCACGCCAACUAGUCCUCGAAGUAUUGGACUCUCUCCAAGGGACUCUGUUCCCGCUUUCCGAUCCAAGAUCUAAGAAACUUCUCCGCUCACUCAUUUCAAAGUGCUCUUUCGAUCCAGACAUCCUCAACUUUGAAGUCAGUUCCGUCAGACGCGUGGGUGAGGAGAGCGUUCCAUAUGUCUACUUAGCCGACAGGCUAGCAGACUUAUACAACGAACUUCAAACUCCUCGUCCUCGUGGCUGGCUCCAGCAGUCCAUGCAGAGAAAGAGUGGUGCGAGGCAUGUAAUGAUGGCAACACUGAUCGGAGUCAUCUUUGCUGUGCUCCUGGGAAUAGCCUCGCUAGCUGUGAGUUCGUACCAGACUUGGAUAGCUUAUCAAGCUUGGAAGCAUCCAGUUCAACCAGUCUAG